AAUGGCUUCAACCCCAUGCUACUCCAAAUUGCUUUAACCUUUCACUUUCCUUCACUUGAAAGUUGAACUCGUCGGCAGUACAGCUACUUCACCCCACAUUCUUCAUCUUUCCUUAUAUUCCGAUACUAUGUUUGGUUUUUUGUUCUCAUAUGCUCAAAGAUUCUAGGAGAAAGGGCAUAUGGCUAUUUCAAGGUUUGGUCGCCAAGUGAAGCGUGCAUAUCAUACAUAUGGGUUCCGCCUGAAGCUAAUUGCAGUUGUAAUCUUGGGUCUCUGUUUCGUAGUGAUUUGGUCUGUCUUUUCGCCUUCUUCUUACUCUGUCACCUCUCAAAGAGAGACAUUUGCAGAACCCAUUUCUGGGAACAUAAAGAAAGAAAAAGUUACUGGUAUUGAAGUUGAGAAAAAGGACGAAAAAAGACAUGUAAAGUCUGAAUCUGGUGUGAAGGAGCUGAAAUUAGACGAUGGGGGCAAAAAGGGAAGUAGCGGGGAAGUGAAAGGGGAAAUCUUUGGGGUGCCCAAAGAAGUUGAUGAAGAUAAGAAAGAUGAUUCUGAUAAGAGAUCUGUAGCACCACCAAAAGAAGAGGAAGAAGAAGAAGAAGUAAAGGAAGAGGAGGAGGAGAGUGGGAAUGGGGAGGAUGUGAAGGAAGAAGAUGAGGAGGAGGAAGAGGGUGGAGGGGCAGGUAAGAAAAACAAGAAAUUGGUUGGAACAUUGUUUGGUCCAAAUGCACAUUACAGCUGGGAACUGUGUAACACAAGGAGCAAGCAUAACUUUAUCCCUUGCAUUGACAUUGAUGAGAGUGGAGGGGGUAAGGUGAAAAGGUAUAGAAGGCAUCCUGAGAGGAAUUGCCGUAGGGCAAAUCAAAUGUGUCUUGUUUCUCUUCCCCCUUAUGGUUAUCAGACUCCAGUUGGCUGGCCUGAAAGCAUGUCUAAGAUAAUUUACAAGAAUAUUGUGCACCAGAAGCUAGCUGAAUUUCUUAAGACACAAAGCUGGGCAAUGGAGUCUGGAGAAUAUCUCACUUUUCCACAGAACCAAUCAGCUUCCAAGGGAAGAAUUCUGCACUACCUGGAAUCCAUUCAGGAAAUGGUACCCGACAUAGAAUGGGGAAAGAACAUCCGUGUAGUGCUGGAUAUUGGAUGCAAAGACUCAAGUUUUGUUGCUUCUCUAGUUGAGAAGGAUGUAUUAGCACUUACUUUGGGAUUGAAAGAUGACCCUUUUGACCUUGCACAAGUUGCCCUGGAACGUGGGUUCCCUGCACUAGUUUCCCCAUUUGCAAGCCACAGACUUCCUUUCCCUAGUGGGGUUUUUGACACAAUCCAUUGUGGCGAAUGCCCCAUUUCUUGGCACUCUAAUGGGGGCAAACUCCUUCUUGAGGUGAACAGAAUCCUGAGACCCGGAGGUUAUUUUAUUUUGUCGACCAAGCACAAUAGUGUUGAGGCUGAAGAAGCUAUGUCCACACUUACAUCAUCUAUUUGUUGGAAUGUACUGGCUGACAAAACUGAUGAUGUCAGCGAUAUAGGAGUUAAAAUCUAUCAAAAGCCUGAAUCAAAUGAUAUAUAUGAACUGAGAAGGAAAAAGGUUCCCCCUCUAUGCAAUGUAAAAGACAACCCAGAUGCUGCCUGGAAUGCGCCCAUCAAAGCCUGUUUGCAUCAGAUUCCAUCAGCAAUUGAAGAACGAGGGACUGAAUGGCCUGAAGAAUGGCCUAAGAGACUCGAAACCUUUCCUGACUGGAUGAUGAGCAACAAUAGAGAAAAGCUGAUUUCUGAUGAUGAACACUGGAAAGAUAUAUUAGACAAAUCUUACUUGGUUGGAUUUGGAAUUGACUGGUCGAACAUUAGGAUUGUAAUGGACAUGAAAGCAAUCAAUGGAGGGUUUGCAGCUGCUCUUAGGAGGAGGCAGAAGGAGGUUUGGGUAAUGAAUGUGGUCCCACCCAUACAUGCUCCUGACACCCUUCCAAUAAUCUUUGAACGUGGUCUGGUUGGCAUUUACCAUGACUGGUGUGAGUCCUUUGGGACUUACCCGAGAUCCUAUGACCUUCUUCACGCCGAUCAUCUGUUUUCAAGGCUCAAGAACAGGUGUAAGCAGCCGGUAGUUAUUGUAGUUGAGAUGGAUCGUAUAUUAAGACCUGGAGGUUGGGCCAUUGUACGCGACAAAGUAGAGAUACUCGAUUCACUCGAAAAAAUAUUGAAGAGCUUGAAUUGGGAGAUCCGAAUGACAUUUGCUCAAAAUAAGGAGGGUAUCCUUUGUGCACGAAAAACCUCUUGGCGACCUUGAAGAUUCUUUCCCAACCAUGUUGUAUUUUAUUUCUCUUCACCAUUCUUCAACUGCACAAAGAAAAAAGCAAAACCAAAACAACCAAAAGAACAUUAUAUAUUUAUAUACAAUUCUGUUUGUAGUGACUUCUAACCUACAUUGUAUUUUUUGUUGAGUGUAUAGCUUUGGGUUUGGUCUCCAGUUAACAUUAACUUCUGUGAUAAUGUUUUUUAUUUAUUUAUAAAUUUACUUGAUUAUUCUUAGCUACAUUACAUUAUUGUCAUUAAGAUAGGGGAUGUUUUUGUUACUGUGAUGUGGG